AUGCCUCCUCCACCGUCACAACAAGGAAAGUUCAAGCCGAAAAAGCCCAAACCGAAAAAGAAGAUUAAGGCUGGAGCUGCCACUGCGGCUGCUGCCACUGAAGCUGCGGCCGAGCCCAAGGCGACUGUUUCCUUUGCUCCGUCACCGUAUGCGGGUCGCGGUGGAAGAGGUCGAGGCCGUGGUGGACGAGGCAGGGGUCGAAUGCCCAUGCCGACUGGAAAGGUUUACUUUACAGGAGGUGAAAAGAAAAAGGCACCACCAUCAGCAUCGAGGAGUAGUAGAUCAAGCUCUGCAACAAGAUCAGCAACGACGACGAACAACGGAGGAGCAACAGCAACAGUAGCUUCGGCGGCGCAAGCGAAAAAGGAUAGUGCGAGUACGGAGGAAGUCGUUGGUCAGUUGGAAGUUGCCAUUGGAUCAUCGAAAGGUGGAGCUGGAUCAGGGAGUGGUGGCAAAGAUAAUAUUCUUGACUCUAUGGAUUUCGAGGAUCAAGAAGGGGAGCUCUUUCGUCCAGCAACAGCAGCCCAAGGAAAUUUGAGUCUAGAGGGAUUUAUGUAUGAUACUGAUUCAAGUGAGGAGGAAGAAUCGAGGAAAAAGAACAAAGCGAAAGAUUUCAUAAUGCCACCUUUGGAACUUCCAUUGAAAGAUACAUAUACUCAAUCAUCACAGAUCGAAGAACCCAAGGCACGGCAAGCUGUAAACUAUCCAGAACCGGUCACAUCAUCGACAACAGAGGCUGACGGUACUACGAGGCCAUCGCCGUUUGUACAUUCAUCAGCAGGUGAAUCAUUAUCACAGAAAGAUGAUUGGUUUUUGGUGCAGCUUCCCACGCGACUGCCGCCACUACGGAAAAAAGUUGAUGAAACUGUCGUAGCGAUGGAUGUGGAUGGGGAGGAAGAGGAGCGAAAGCAAGUCAAGCCCACAGUGGAACCUACUUCAGCAUACUCCGAAGUCGUCACGCAUCCCGUGACUCCUGGUGGCUUUGAUAACGCUUUAUUGAGUGCAGCACCAGGAAGAAUUGGAAAAAUGGUGGUGUACAAGAGUGGAAGGACGGUGCUAGUAAUGGAGGGCGCAGAUGGCUCUACGCUUCAAUUCAAUGUUGCAGAGGGUUUAAGUUGUAGCUUCUUACAACAACCAGUUGCAAUUGAUUCAGCGAAAAACACAUACAUCGAGCUUGGGCAGGUGAAAAAAUCCUUGGUCGUAUCACCAAUUUUAGAUCACACGUAUCAUUAA